CAGUACCUCACUGUGAUUCUAAGAAAAGCGUGAUGAGUAUUUAUAUACUGGUAGGGCUUGAAUGCCAGUAUUCUUGUUUGUAGAAUCCCCGAGAAAUCAACUAACACAACACAUUCACAAGGAUGUCUAUUUGUAUUAGACUAGUCUACAGUAGGCACCUUUAAGUAUUUAGCAGUGGUUGGGCUGGAAGUAAUCAAGGAGGGCAGUGGACCGAGUUCAACAUUUCACCCUUGUACCACGCUUGACAGUCAGUUUACGGCGGCACGGCUAUGGAUAGCGAUGACGAAAAUGGAGAAGAAGUCGUUGAGGGUCCUCUGGACGAGGAUGACCAGCCUCAUGGGUUCUGCACGGUGACCUACUCGUCCAGUGACCGCUUUGAAGGCCACUUUGUACAUGGAGAGAAGAACGGGAAGGGAAAGUUCUUUUUUUUCGACGGGAGCACACUGGAGGGCUAUUACGUGGAGGACGCCCUGCAGGGCCAGGGGGUGUACACCUAUGAGGAUGGGGGUGUCCUUCACGGGACCUACACUGACGGGGAGCUGAACGGGAUGGCUCAGGAGUACGACUCCGAGGGUCGUCUGACCUUCAAGGGCCAGUACAAGGACAACAGCCGCUAUGGAGAGUGCUGGAUUUACUACCCUGAUCAAGGCUGCCUAUUUGGGAAGGUUAACGAAGAUGGAGAGAUGACAGGUAAAUCUGUUGCGUAUGUGUAUCCUGACGGGUGCACAGCUCUUUAUGGCACCUUUGUGGAGGGGGAGCUGAUUGAGGCUCGACUUGCCACCUUGGUCUCUGUGGAGACGGGUCGACCGCACUUCGAUGUUGUACCUGACAGCCCUGUGUACUCCUAUGACAAGUCCACCUCAACCUGUAUCGCCACCCAUACUUGUCUGCCAGACCCCUACGAAAGCAAAAGAGUGUAUGUGGCUGACUCCCUGGUGUUGGGGGCAGGAGACGGGCUGUUUGCCAAGGUGGACGCUGAGCCAAAUACUGUCAUGGCCUUCUAUAAUGGAGUGCGCAUCACACAUUCUGAGGUGGACAGCCGGGAUUGGGCCCUGAACGGGAACACCAUCUCAUUGGACGAAGACACUGUGAUUGAUGUCCCCCAGCCAUUUGACAAGAUGGAGAUGUACUGCGCCUCAUUGGGACACAAGGGCAACCACUCUUUUACCCCUAACUGCAAAUACGACCCAUACGUCCAUCCUCGUUUUGGGUCUAUAAAAUGUAUCCGCACGUUGCGGGCAGUGCAACGAGACGAAGAGCUCAUGGUGGCCUACGGUUACGACCAUGAGCCGUCGGGAGAGAGUGGACCGGAGGCCCCUGAUUGGUACCAACGAGAGCUACUUGCCUUUCAGCAGAGACUGGCAGCUGAGAGGGAAUAGAACACACCCUGCUACCCUACCUACCCUGUGCCCCCAAUACCCCUUACUGUUCAUAUCACUGAAAUAUCACCUACCCUCCCUCACCUGCCCUUCAUGGACAGGCUGGAGACUUUAAAUAGUUAAGCCUGUACCUUGAACUGAAUUACAAAGCAUCCCAUAGUUGGUCAAAAACAUUCUUAACUGUGUACCUGCACAACCUGUACCUUAACAACCAAGUUCUCACUGUAUAUUCCAACCUUCAAUAGUAAAGAUGCUCCUUUUCAGUGAAAUGUCUGACCAAGAAUGUAUACCCCACUACUUUUACACUCUUGUUUUUCCAGGACAAGCUGUACAAAAUCAAUAUGGGUACAUUGUAUCAGACUCGUCUUGUGCACCGAGGACAGAAACCAUUCGAAUGAAACACUGCAAUGUGUGGAUGACUUGGAGAUCCACAAAAUCCAUGCCACAGCAGCCCACAGACAUGAUGAAAAUCUGAGAAAGGCACCAUGCACCUAAGGAUUUUUUUAGGAGUAAUUGUAGUACAAGGAACUGCUGGCUGCUCCAAAGGGUCUGUCUCUCUGGUCUUGGUCAAUGUUUCAUACAAACCGUUGGAAAUAAGAUGAUAAGUGUUUUGUAGGUGUCUUGGUUUAUACAUCUUUUGAUAUCAGCUGUAGCUAAAAGGAGAAAGACUACUGUAUACUUCUAUCCUUUACUGCGAGUGUGUGUGUUUUUGUCUGAGAGCUUGAUGACUGAGUUUGCAAAAGGAUUCCCACCCUAGUAAAACUAUUAAAAUGUGUUUUCUUGUGCCACUUGAACUCAGUUGCCACAGUAAUCUGUCUUUACUUAAAAAGUAACCAUAAUAAAGAUUUGUGUCAAAAA